AUGACUCAAACAUCCAAACGUAGACCUGUCCUGUACCAGAUGUUGCUGGCAAUCCUGAGUCUAAUUUCGACGUCAGCACCAACCAUGGGCACACAAGAAGCCUUAAAAGCCAAGGGAUUUGAUGACAGCUGCAAGAUUGCCAACGAGCUGAUGAAAUACGGUAGUUACGCCGAAACAAUAACCAAAACACUAACAAGCCACCUUUUUGAAGUUGAAACGAUACUCCACGACAUAAAAAAGUUAAUGAAAUCAGGGACACUGGCGAGGAACGACGACAAUAUAAACCUUCUGAUGCAUACUAGGACCACAGUAGACGAAGCAAAGGCAGCUGUGCGAACACACUUGGCAGCAGCGAUAGACGCCGGAAAUGAAGGAGCCUUUGUUGCCGGUGCGAUACUAGAAACCACGCACCUGUUUUUUGCCGCGAACAACGGCGGCUCGAACUAUUGCAUGAGCAACGACGGAGCAGGCGGCAGAGCAGCCAUCAACGAUAUCCCCGACUGCAAGGACAGAGACGCCGUGAGACGAACCUUCAAGAAGGAGGCGGUCGCAACCUUAACCGGCGCCCAGCACGCUCUAACAAACUUCGGCACAGGAGGCGAUGGCAGCAAAGGCGUCGACGCCACCAAAAGCUGCCGACUCUCAGCAACUGACGGCACAAACGGAGUAAUGGGCGCCGGGGGGGGCACCGCACCAACGAUCUAUCUUAUGGCCGGCUUGCUAAAACUGACAGGUUCAGUACCAGCGGCGACUAGCUGGUCCACCGGCCAUCCACUCGAAACAAAUAACCCGAUAACCAAAGUCAAGGCUCUAAAGCCAACAUGUACCGCAAGCUUAGACGCAGCGACGGCGGCACUCGGUCAAUUAACAACACUCGGAAGCGCCGACCCCAACCCGACUUUUAAAGCUAUAACUACAACGGAAGCCAAACUCGGACUUGGCGACACGGAACAAACUGUAGAAAUAUCCGUACCGACGCUGAAAGCAGCUCACAAGGCAAUCAAAAAGCUUAGAGGGGACGCAGUUACGGCAUCAGGAAAAAGCACUGAGACCACAAAAAGAGCGCAACUAACACAGGAAAUAACUCCACCACCACCACCAACAGAAUGUAACCCAAUCACAACAGAAGGCGGCUGCAACGAAAUUAAAAUCGAAGCAGACUGCAAUGCAACAGCUGCAUGCAGUUUUAACAAAACAGAAACUGAUGAAAAUAAAAAGUGCAAAUUAGAUACAGAAAAAGCAAAAAAGAAGAGUGUUUCUGUAACACAAGCACAAACUGGAGGACCUGAAACAACAACAGAAAAAUGCAAAGAUAAUAAAAGUGAAGCCGUGUGCAAAGAUGGUUGCAAAUGGGAAGGAACAGAAUGCAAAGAUUCCUCCAUUCUAGUAAACAAAAAAAUCGCCCUGAUUGUUUCUUCUUUUGUGGGUUUUGUAGAAUUUUAG